CAGCGUAAAAGCAGAAGAAACGCGCCUCAGUUCAGAUUCGGUAUCGCGUUGGCAGAUAAUCUACACUACACAUCUCUAAACUGAGAGAAGUUGCGAGAAGGACACGCGAGAACUUGCUUUAUUUUUACUAAAUUACUAUUUUUUAUUUUUUUAUUUUCACAUCCAUACAUUUUAAUAAUUUGCGGAUAACAUAAAUAAUCUUAACUGAAAGGCUGCAAGAGUGUGAAGUUGUCGAUCUAUGGAGCGCUAGCUACGUCGAACGUUUGGAUACACACCAGCGCGAAACUUAAGACAUCCUUUUACCUGACAAUUGUGGCUCGCGCAUCAUGUCUACGAUCAGGCGAAAAUUCGGCGAAGACUAUCAGGUGGUUAACACCAACCGGGCCAUGUCCUUUUCUGCCCCAGCCAAAAGAAAACGCCAGAGGUUCGUGGAGAAAAACGGGCGCUGCAAUGUCCAGCACGGUAACCUUGGCGGUGAGACCAGUAGGUACAUCUCCGACCUCUUCACCACGCUCGUGGACCUCAAGUGGCGCUGGAACCUACUUAUUUUCCUUUUAACGUACACAGUCGCGUGGCUCAUCAUGGCAUCUAUGUGGUGGAUCAUCGCGUACAUCCGCGGGGACCUCGGCCACGGCCACGACGAAUCGUACACGCCGUGCGUCGCCAACGUUUACAACUUUCCGUCCGCUUUCCUGUUCUUCAUCGAGACUGAGGCGACUAUAGGCUACGGGUACCGAUACAUAACGGAGAAGUGCCCGGAGGGCAUCAUACUUUUCCUAUUCCAGUCGCUGCUGGGGUCGAUCGUGGACGCCUUUCUCAUCGGCUGUAUGUUCAUUAAGAUGUCUCAGCCCAAGAAACGCGCAGAGACCCUCAUGUUCAGCCAGGACGCGGUCAUCUCACAACGGGACGGGAAGCUCUGCCUCAUGUUUAGGGUCGGAAAUCUCAGGAAUAGCCACAUGGUGUCGGCGCAGAUCAGGUGCAAGCUCAUCAAGUCUCGUCAAACCCCUGAGGGAGAGUUUCUACCGCUGGAUCAGCGGGAAUUGGAUGUGGGAUUUGGAACGGGUGCUGACCAACUCUUUCUUGUCUCACCCCUAACAAUAUGUCAUGAGAUCAAUUCCAAUAGCCCCUUUUUCGACCUGUCUCAGCGCUCCCUCAUGAAUGAGCAGUUUGAGAUUGUCGUCAUCCUAGAAGGCAUUGUAGAAACUACAGGCAUGACGUGUCAGGCACGAACAUCUUACACAGAGGAUGAAGUUUUGUGGGGUCACCGCUUCCUACCUGUUAUGUCACUGGAGGAGGGAUUUUUCAGGGUGGACUACUCUCAGUUCCACAACACGUUUGAGGUGCCCACUCCUCCAUACAGUGUGAAAGAGCAAGAUGAAAAAUCCUCCCUGCCCUCCCCUGGUCCUGUACUCUCCCCCAAAUUGCUUGAGGGUCGUAGUCGCAGAGAUCGCAUCUUCUCUUUAGAUGGGGUUCCUCACACCGAUGAACCCGGGUCCAAAUUACCCAGUAAGCUCCAGCGUAUGAGCUCCAAUAAUGGAAAAGAUGUCCUCAAAACUGGAAGCAAGCAGCCACCGGAAAAGGCCUCCAGCACGGGUGACCUGCCCCUCAGGGUGCAGCGACUCGGGUCCCUCGUGGGUCAAACAGAAGUGGAAAAUCAGCUCCAGCUCAAACCUCUUAAGCUGGGUUCAGAGGCCCACACCCAGUCAGCAGGAGAACUAGAGCAUCACAGACUGGUCCCAAUACCUGCUCCAGUCCUAGGGCCGAGCCUUAAUCCAUUGCCUGCAUCCAGUGGACGACCAGAGGACAACCUCCCCCCAAAAUUACGCAGAAUGAAUGCAGACCACUGAAUGGGUCUUUAUUUCUUACACAGAGAUGAACAUUGAGGCUUAGAAGGUAGAGAGAAUUCUCAAUAUCAUUUAAUAUGGAAUAAUAUUUAUUUAAAAAUUAUUAUAAUGUGAUUCUUCUUCUCUAUGCCUAUGGAAGAGCCACGUCCCUUCAAUUAAACUCACUGCUUUGCCCUCAGUAAUAUUAGUAUUGUAGAUUUUCUGAAUUCAAUUUGAAUUCAAAUAUGCUUCAGCUAUUUUUAAAUGAUUAAGCAACUUUAUAGUAUGAACACAAAAUAUCAAGUGCAUUUAUUUAUACAGCAAAAGUUAUUUAUCAAGUAUUUAUGUAGAGGAACAUUUACUAAUGUACAGGCUUUAAAUGUGUAAGGCUUUUCGUCAUAUUUCUGUAAGCUAUAUAUAUAU